CCGUGCCGCCGGCCGGGCCCUCCCGCCCGGCACCGGUCAUGGCACCGCCCGAGCAGGUCCCGUGCGGCCGACCUGCCUGUCCGCCGGCCGUGCUUCAGUACGCCGAGCAGCUGGUGCGCGAUGUGAUCACGUGCGCUGUCCGAGGACUGCGCGGCGACGCCGAGGAGGUGCGCUCGCAGCGGCACGUGUCGCCCCGUGCGGUACGUGAUGGCGCGCGCGCUGAUGCCCCCGCGGCGGUGGCGGACGUGCCUCAGGGAGAGUCUGAGCCGGCGGCGCCGAGGGGCGCCAGUGCCAGUGACAGUGUGGACAGACAGCAGGGCCCGGAGCGAUGUGAUGUGCCGGCCGGCGCCGAGCCGUGUGAUAUCCCGCUCUCCGGGUGGACAGCCGAGUCGUGUGCCGACACGGGCGCCAGCUCGCCCCUGCGCUCGAGCUGCUGCGGCCUGGCGUCACUAGGUGAUGGCCUGGACGUGAGUGACAGCCCCGUGCCGGACCCGGGCCUGGCUGCCUCGGCCCGCUCCUGGAAGGCUGCCUCCACGGGUGAGCUGCAUCAGCUCAUGGCCUGCUCGGCGGCGGCGGCGGCGGCAGCCGAUGUCGAGUUGAGCACCGCCUUCCUACCGGUGUACGGUGUGUGUGCGGCGGCCGGCCCGCAGCGCUGCCCACCGGCGGCGGCGGCCGGCCCCGACUGCGCGGCCGCCUCCAUUGAUCGUGGCCCGCCGCCGCGGCCGCCGGCGCCAGUGCGGAGUCAGCCGGCCGGGCCGCCACAGCGCCCGCCGCCGCCCACCGCCGUCAUCCCGCGCUGCUGCGCCGACGCCUAUGGGCGGCUCUCGCGGCCGCCCGAGCGCACCUCAGCCGCCGCCGCCGCCGCCCUGGACCCAGCGUCCUCGGCCUCGGAGCCGUUCGCCUCCUGCGCCGGCUCGACGGGCUCGGCGAGCGGCGAGGAGGCGCCGGCGGCGUCCGGCACGGCGGCGGUCUCGUCGGGCCGUCCGGCGCCGCCGGCCGAGCCGGCCUCCGAGGCGGCCAGCACCGACUGCGACCUGCUGGACGUGGACGAACUGUCACUGGACCAGGAGCUGGCCCAGGUGGUCAGCAGCGCCGGCCGCGGCCUCCGCGACGACGUGCUCGACGAGAUACUGGCCACGGCCGGAAGGACCGAGUCGUCGCGCACGGAGACGAGCGUCUCUGAGAAGGACAGCGUGCCGAGCGAUGACGAGGACGAGGGUGAGGAGGACGAGGAGAUUCGGGGGUCGGAUGACGACGAGCAGGAGGCACCAUCCGACUACAAACCAGGCGGCUACCACCCGGUGCGGAUUGGCGACAUGUUCCACGGCCGGUACCACGUCAUCAGGAAGCUGGGCUGGGGACACUUCUCCACCGUCUGGCUCUGCUGGGAUAUACGGGAUAAGCGUUUUGUAGCAAUGAAGGUGGUGAAGAGUGCCUGCCACUACACGGAGACGGCGCUGGACGAGAUCAAACUGCUGAAAUGCGUCCGCGACAGUGACGAGACCGACCCGUUCCGGGAAGGCACCGUCCAGCUCCUGGACGACUUCAAAAUCAUCGGCGUCAACGGCACCCACGUCUGCAUGGUGUUCGAGGUGCUCGGGCACAACCUGCUGAAGCUCAUCAUCCGCAGCAAGUACGAGGGCAUCCCACUGGAGAACGUCAAAUCUAUCAUCAAACAGGUGCUGGAGGGCCUACACUAUCUCCACACCAAGUGUCAGAUCAUUCACACGGACAUCAAGCCGGAGAACGUGCUCCUCUGCGUGGACGAGGCACACGUCCGGCGGCUGGCGGCAGACGCCGCGCACUGGCAGAAGAUGGGACUCAAGCUGCCCGGAUCGUUCAUGUCCACGGCGCCGCAGCAUCUGCAGCAGCCGGACCCGUCCACACUCAGCAGAAACAAAAAGAAGCGUCUGAAGAAGAAGGCCGCCAAGCAGGCCAAGCGUCUGGAGCAGAUGGCCGAGCUGACGGAGCAGUGGGAGCGGGAGCAGACGGAGCAGGCGGCGCUGCGCCAGGAGCCGGCCGCCGCUCCCGCAGAUCCGGCCGGCGCCGACACGGGCUCGGCGGCAGAGAACGGCAGCCGCGCGCCGGCGGCCGACUCGGCCCCUCCCGCCGAGAGGAGGCCGCCCGCCUCGCCCGCCACCCCGGCCGGCAGCCAACAGAACGGCUCCUCCGCGGAAAACUGCGACUCGGCCAAACUGGCGAACCGGCAGAGUUUGGCCAACAUGGAGGAGGCGCUGAUUGAGCACUCGGGGGUCGGUGAGACGGUCACACUGCCGUACGACCUGGAGACGGCCGGCGAGGGUGGCUGUAACGGCCACCGGACGGGCGCGGCCGGCGCCAAGACGACGGCCGCCGGACCGAGCGACGCGCCGCACACAGGCGACGGCCCGACAAUGGGCGACGCGGAAGUCCCAGGUGACACCCCACUACCUGUGCUCGCUGUCCGUCCCCUGUCGUCUGCCGCAGCCGCCGCGCCCGCCGGCCAGUCCUCUCCCGGUCCUGCGCCUGCUCCUGGAUCUCCUGCCGCGGCGGCCGGCCACUCCAGCUCUCCUGCUCCUGGUGCGGACUCUCCCGCCUCGGCCGGCGGUCCUCAGACCAGUGCCGUGCCCCCGGCGCUCGGUCCGGCCGCAGGGGACGGUGUGGAGGCCGACCGUGACCUGACCGAGGUCACUGUGUCGGCGGCCGCCGCCGAGGAUGACCUCGACUCGUCCUGGGUGGACAUCGACGAAGCAGACGGCGAGGAAAUACCUACCGCGCCUGUGCCGUCCUCGUCUAAGGAGUGGAUCAAGCUGGCUCAGACUCCCGCCGCGCCCAGCAGAGGUGACAGCACAGAGCCGGCCGCCGGCGCACCAGUCAAGGAGGAGCGGAAACCCGACCCCGUCCACGAGGUGUGCGAGAUGCGCGUCAAGCUGGCCGAUCUCGGCAACGCCUGCUGGACGCACCACCAUUUCACGGAGGACAUUCAGACGCGCCAGUACCGGUGUCUGGAGGUACUGCUCGGCGCCGGGUACGGUCCGCCGGCCGACAUCUGGUCCACGGCGUGUAUGGCGUUCGAGCUGGCCACGGGCGACUACCUGUUUGAGCCUCACACGGGCCAGGACUACAGUCGCGACGAGGACCACAUCGCGCACAUCAUCGAGCUCGCCGGAGACAUCCCCAAACACAUCAUGUUCAGCGGCAAAUACUCGCGGGACUUCUUCACCAAAAAAGGCGAGCUACGUCACAUCACCAAGCUGAAGCCGUGGGCGCUGCACGAGGUGCUCAUGGACAAGUACGAGUGGCCCGAGCAGAAGGCGCGCGCGUUCGCCGACUUCCUGCUGCCGAUGCUGGCGUUCGACCCGGCGCAGCGCGCCACGGCCGCCGACUGUCUGCGCCACCCGUGGCUGACGGGCGGCAGUGACGGCGGGGACGCCAGUGACGCCGCGGGAGCCGAGGACACCGGCGGCGGCGGCGGCGGCGGGUCGUGACCAGUGACAUUCCGCCGCCCUGCCCGGACACACGAACCCUUGUGAUAGGCCGGCGCCCGCCGCCCGCCCGCCCAGGCGCCGCCACCUAGUUUUGUACAGUGGGCCGAGAGAGUGGCGCGGAGCGCUGCAUGAUGUGCCCACCCAGCCACCCCUCCUGCCCUGCCCCGCCCCGCCCCGUCCUGUCCCCAGUCAGUUGUUCUCCUUUCCCUGCCGGUUCAUGUUCACUUAGAGUUAAGUUGCUGUUUUAAGGAACCUGAAUCAAUAGUGUUUAAUAUAAAAUUCAAGAUACGGUGA